AUGAAGGUUCAGCUCCGUUCCCACUUGCUGCGCGUUACUCAUCGCUCAUUGCCUCUGCCAGUCCUCACAUCGCGCAAGUACGGCGUCGCCACAGUCUGGCUUGUCGCCACUCUCGGUUCGAAGUCGUCACUGAAGAAGGUCAACCGGAAAGCGAUCCUAGAAGUCAAUGUCCCCAAGGCAUGCGAGACCAUCCUAAUGCCAGAGGCACCAAUGGCGCUGCGGCUGCAGAGCAACCUUCUCUACGGCAUCUCACGCGUCUACUCUCAGCAAUGCGGCUACGUCCUCGCAGACGCGGAAAACGCGCAGCACAGCAUCCGCGCACUUCUUAAAGUCGUCAGAACCACCGAUCUCGAUCCGGAAGCUGGUAGAGGAAGGCACGCGCCCGAGCAGCUCCUCCUGGGGGAUGACCCAUCUUUCUUGCCAGACCUGGCGCUGGCUCCUUUCGACUUCGACCUCUCCACCCUUGAAGCCUCCCUGACGGCCGAAUCACCUUUGACCUCCCUUUCACCGCACACGCCUACCACCAGCCCCGGCGCUGCCUUCGGGGGACCAGUCGGUGGCCUCGUUAUCCCUACCUCAGACACAGGAGCAGUGGGUGACAUUGGUGGCUUCAUCGUUCCGGGCGACGACUGCCUUGGGGCAGCCGCAGCACCUGGCGAUGAUGAAGGAUUCUUGCCUGAGGCUGACUUCUCGUUCGAUGCGGAAGGAAAUCUGCUGGACUUCUCAGUCGCUGGGACAGCACCACGACCGAGUGUGCCAAGAACGGGCGCAGCAGCUGGGGUUGGCGAUGUCACUGCUGCCAGUGCGCGGGUUCGCGCAGAGCAUGCUGCAGGUGUAGCAGCCGGAGUUCCCCUCGGAGACCAGAUGGACAUUGACCUGCCCAUGAUAGGAGACGACAACAGCCUGCCAGAAGGUGAAGCCUUCCCAAUCGCCCAACGCCCCCCACCCGCCAUCCUCCGCGGCUCGUCCCUAGCUCGUGAGACGGAAGCAGAGCCAUCCUCUGAAGCACUUGAAGCGCAGCAAGCCCGCCGUCCUCGCGCCCCCCGCGUCAUCGCACUCGACCAGAGCAUUGAGCUACGCCACGGCGAUCUCGCCCGCUGGAACACAGAUUACCUGGCCAACAUGCAACAAGCCGGGCAAACCAAGCUCGCCCACCGCCUUCCCCUCCAAGCGCGGAAGAAUGCCGAGUUCUGGGUCCUGGGCGCCGGACUCGGUGGCAUCGGCGCACGACCUACAGAUGGGAUCACGAACCCUCUCGCUGCCUUCGCGGGCGCGGGCCUCUGGGAACAAAUCACGGGACAGACUUUCUACGCUGGCACAAAACGCGAUCGCGACAGCGGCAUCGACACCGAGACCGAAGAAGCCGCCCGCCGCGUGCGUCCGCGUCCCUCCGCCGACGACGUCUUCCGCGGCGUUGGGCCGGAGCAGGACGAGGGCGUUAUUACGGGCUUCGGCGACCAUGACGUCGAGUUGCCGCGUGAGGCACCCUCGGCACUCGACGACAUCUCCAGCGUGCUGCCCUGGAACAUCACGGCCUCGAUCCGCGGCUCCUCUGUCGCCCGUGCCGCGAGCACCAUCCGGCGCGGCACUCUCGGGCGUCCUUCCUCUGUCGGCGUGCCUGGCUCCCUCGGGCGACGUAUCGUGAGUCCGAGUCCUCUUGUCGGCCGCGGUGGGCCUCUCCCGGCGGGAAUCGAGGAGCUGGACUUCGGCGCCAGCGACGCGUUUGCGGAUCUCGGCGACCUAGGAGCCGCACCGCCGACGGGAGACGACGAGUUCGAGCUCUAUGGGCCGGCUGCGGCGGUGGAUACACAGACGGCGGGGGAGAGCCAGUGGCAGCGUGCUGCGCUGGAUGAGCAGGCGCAAAACUUCCUCACGUUUAUUGAGGCGGGGAUCGAGGAAAAGCGCGGUAGAGCUGCUGAUGGAGAAGUUGGGGCCGCGGCGCGCACGGAGGAUGUGAGUGAGGUCUCGUUCGAGGAGCUGUUGCCGCCGGCUACCAAUUCGAGGAUGGUGGCUGCGCAGGCGCUGUUGCAUGUGUUGAGUCUGGCGACGAAGGGGCUCAUUUCAAUAAGGCAGGAGGAAGACUUUGGGGAGAUUGGGCUGGGUCUGAUUGAGGUGUGA